ACAUACCAUAUUCUGUACGUAGUGCAUGGUGCAUAAAAAUGGCACUGCAAAAAACUGACCAGAAUGAGCUAAAGAGAGAAAAAACAGAUGAGGAUCUAAAGCCAGUUGCAGAGGGAGUGGCGUUUCGUGAGCUCUUGAGCUAUGCAGAUGGACUGGAUUGGACGCUGAUGGUGCUUGGCACGCUGGGAUCAACUAUCCAUGGCCUUGCGCAGCCUGUUGGCUACAUGCUGCUUGGCAAAGCCCUUGAUGCUUUUGGUGAAAACAUCAACAACGACGAGGCCAUGGUUAAAGCGUUGAAGAAGGUUAUACCAUUUGUGUGGUACAUGGCCAUUGCUACCUUUCCUGCUGGCAUACUAGAGGUUGGAUGCUGGAUGUACACAAGUCAGAGGCAAGCAGCAAAGAUACGGCUCUCAUUUCUGCGUGCAGUGCUCAGACAGGAGGUCGGAGCUUUCGACACCGAUUUAACCAACGGCAAAAUCACCAGCGGCAUAAGCAACCACAUGAGUGUCAUACAAGAUGCUAUAGGAGAAAAGUUGGGCCAUUUUCUGUCAUGCUUUGCAACUUUCUUUUCUGGAGUUGUGAUUGCUCUGAUCUCAAGUUGGGAAGUUUCACUCCUUUCCCUCUUGGUUGUUCCUCUGAUUCUUAUUAUUGGAGCCACAUAUACGAAAAAAAUGAAUGUCAUUUCAGCUGCCAAGACAUCAUUCUUGUCCGAAACCACAGCAAUGGUUCAGCAGACUAUUUCCCAAAUCAAAACAGUUUAUGCAUUUGUGGGAGAAAAUUCGGCGGUCAAAUCUUUUACAGAACGUAUGGAGAGACAAUUAGUACUCAGCAAGGGAGAGGCGUUGAUAAAAGGCGUUGGAACCGGCAUGUUCCAAACUGUGACAUUCUGUUCCUGGUCUCUGAUUGUAUGGGUUGGAGCCGUUGUGGUUGUAGCUAAAAGAUCAACCGGAGGAGAUGUCCUUGCUGCAGUAAUGAGCAUUCUAUUCGGGGCUAUAGCACUUACUUAUGCUGCACCGGACAUGCAAAUCUUCAAUCAGGCCACAGCUGCAGGAAAGGAAGUGUUUGAGGUGAUCAGAAGGAGUUCAGCAAUAAGUAUCGACUCAAAAGGGAAGACACUGGAGCUAGUUGAGGGCAACAUUGACAUACACAACAUACACUUUGCUUAUCCAUCCAGACCAGAGAAGCGCAUACUUCAAGGGUUUUCAUUGUCAAUUCCAGCAGGAAAGGUGGUUGCUUUAGUAGGCAGUAGUGGCUGUGGGAAGAGCACUGUCAUCUCCCUAAUGGCAAGAUUCUAUGAUCCUGCAGAAGGAGAGAUUUUCAUUGACAACAACAACAUAAAGGAUCUUGAUUUAAGGUUCCUCAGGAAAAACUUGGGAGUUGUUUCCCAGGAGCCAUCACUAUUUACGGGCACCAUCAAGGAAAACAUGAAGUUAGGAAACACAGAUGCAGAUGACCAACAGAUUGAGAGUGCAGCAGUGAUGGCAAAUGCUCACUCUUUCAUAUCUCAACUUCCAAAUCAGUACUUAACAGAGGUGGGACAAAAUGGUGUGCAAUUAUCAGGUGGACAGAAACAGCGGAUUGCAAUAGCAAGAGCCAUUUUAAAGAACCCUCCAAUUCUUAUGCUCGAUGAGGCAACAAGUGCACUUGAUUCAGAAUCAGAGAAGCUGGUGCAGAAUGCCCUGGAGACUGCUAUGCAAGGGAGAACUGUCAUAGUAAUUGCACACAGGCUAUCAACCAUCGUCAAUGCAGAUAUGAUCGUAGUUGUAGACAAUGGAAAAGUUACAGAGUCUGGAAAGCACCAUGAUUUGUUAGAUAGCAGCAAGUUCUACAACAACCUAGUUAACAUGCAGAAUAUCACAGUAGAAGAUCAAACAAGGACUAUAGAUGAUACUGAAGAGACUUCCGGAACUGAGCUUAAGGUUUCAUCCGAGCAACCAAUCAAAUCUUUGGAGCUCGUAUAUCAUCUUCCGGACUAUCCAGAGCAAGAGAAGCAGAAGGAAGGAAAGUCUUGGGAUAUAUUUUUCAGACUCUGGUUUGGUUUAAACCGUAACGAGCUUGUAAAGACUGCUAUUGGCUCCUUUGCAGCAGCUUUUUCUGGCAUUUCAAAACCUAUCUUUGGGUUCUUUAUCAUAACGAUAGGUGUAGCAUAUUACAAGCCUGAUUCGAAGGAAAAAGUUGGGAAGUAUUCAUUGAUCUUUUCUUCAAUAGGAUUGCUUUCACUGAUUAGCCAUACUUUGCAGCAUUACUUUUUUGGAAUCAUUGGAGAGAAGGCCAUGAGAAACCUAAGACAAGCUCUCUAUUCAGCUGUGCUAAGGAAUGAAUUAGCCUGGUUCGAUAGCCCUAAGAACAAUGUUGGUUCACUUACUUCACGAAUUAUCAGUGAAACCUCCACUGUCAAGACAAUCAUCUCUGAUCGUAUGUCCGUGAUAGUUCAAUGCAUUUCCUCAAUACUCAUUGCAACAAUUGUUAGCUUGAGAGUUAACUGGAGAAUGGCUCUAGUAGCUUGGGCUGUGAUGCCUUGCCACUUCAUUGGUGGUCUGAUUCAAGCCAAGUCUGCAAAAGGAUUUUCAGGCGACAUUGCUGCAGCACAAUCAGAACUUGUCGCUCUUACUUCUGAAGCCACUGCAAACAUUAGAACAGUUGUUUCCUUUUGUCAUGAAGAUAAUGUACUUCAGAAAGCCAGAGUGUAUCUCAAGAAAUCAACAAGUAGGAACAGAAAGGAAAGUGUUAAAUAUGGGAUCAUUCAAGGGAUAUCCCUUUUCUUAUGGAAUGUUGCUCAUGCUAUUGCUUUAUGGUACACUACUGUCCUGGUUGAGAAAAAGCAAGCAAAAUUUGAGAAUGGAAUCAGAGCGUAUCAGAUAUUCUCCCUCACGGUACCCUCAAUCACAGAGCUAUGGACACUGAUUCCCACUGUUGUCUCUGCUAUCAGUGUAUUAACUCCAGCAUUUCAGACACUGGAUCGACAAACAAAAAUUGACCCAGAUACAACUGAAGACCCACCUACGGAGAAGAUCAAUGGAGAAAUUGAGUUCAAAAACAUUCAUUUUCAUUACCCACUACGACCAGAAGUGACUAUACUUAACAACUUUAGCUUGCACAUUGAGUCUGGAUCAAAGGUAGCUCUUGUUGGGCCAAGUGGCGCUGGAAAAUCUUCAGUAUUAGCUCUUUUGCUGAGAUUUUACGUUCCUAGGGAAGGUUCUAUACUCAUCGACGGAAAGAAUAUUGAGAAGUACAAUCUUAGAAAGUUAAGAACACAAAUAGGGUUGGUCCAACAGGAGCCGCUUCUCUUCAGUUGUUCAAUCAGAGACAACAUCUGCUAUGGAAACGAAGGAGCUUCUGAAACCGAAAUCAUAGAGGUAUCAAAAAAUUCCAAUAUUCAUGAAUUCAUAAGCAAUUUGCCCUAUGGUUAUGAUACCGUAGUUGGAGAAAAAGGGUGCCAGCUUUCGGGUGGACAAAAACAGAGAAUAGCAAUAGCAAGAACCCUACUUAAAAAGCCUGCAAUAAUGCUGCUCGACGAGGCAACAAGUGCCCUCGAUGCAGAGUCGGAAAGUGCAGUAGUAAAUGCUCUGGAAUCAAUACAACUCAACAGCAGUGGUGGGUUUUUGAAGAAGACUACACAGAUUACAGUUGCACAUAGGCUUUCCACCAUCAAAAAUUCGGACACCAUAAUUGUUAUGGAUAAAGGUUCGGUUGUGGAGAUGGGCACGCACUCAUCCCUGAAAGAUAUAUCGGAAGGAGUUUACUCAAGAUUCUACCGUCUCCAGAGUGUGAGACACAAACUUCACCGCAAACAGGGUCAGUCAACUUGAACAAGAAGCAAUCUAGCUUAAGGCGCCAAUAUUUCAUAAUUAUACACAGAAAAGUCACAUAGUUCUCUUUCGCCAGAAGAUUCAUACCAAAAGAAAAGGUUGUAUACAUUUCAUGAACACUCAGCACUGGCAUAUUUAUACAGUUGAAGCCAACCCAUUAGUUGUCUUGUAACAUUACAGUAUACAAAGAUAAACGGAGUGUGGUUCCAUAUUUAUUGUUUGGUGUGGAUUGUGAUAGUAUUAUGUAGAAAUCAAAUUAGCAGCUUCAGCUAGAACAGAUGCUUAAUAUUGAGUAAUUUCAUUUGGUAGCUGUCAAGCAUGUCUAGUAGUAAUAUAUACAGCCUGUUGAGAGAUUGUUCUGAGAAA